AUGCCACCACAUAUCCCACGCAAACGCUUGCGCAGCGCGUCGCCUGACGUAAAGCCGCAGAACAAGCGAAAACCUACCCUCUACGACGACCUGGAUGCAUCGACAGCAUCUAACUCGGCACAAGCAACAUCUGCAUUCUUCACAAACAGUUCGGAUAGCGAUAUCAGUUCUCUUUCAUCGCUUUCUGAUGAUGAUUUUGAAGACGUGCCUGUUGCGAAACGCGUGUCUGUCAAUGACCAGGGGGCUGGUAACGAUGAAUCUGAUGACGAUGCCGAGUUUGAGGAUGUCGUGGCACCUGAAAUGCCUACAGAUGACUUGCCAAAUGUCACACAGGACCUAGAACUGACUCUUGUUCGAGACGAUCGGGUUUCAUUGACGAAUCCCUUCGGAGAAAAGAGGGGGCCAACCAAGAGGGAGAGAUUGGUCCGCAACGCUACUCAUCGCCUUCAUGUUCUGUGCCUCCUUUGGCACAACGCUGUCCGGAAUUCUUGGCUUUGCGACCCCGAGUUACAGGCCAUCAUGCUCUCGCAUCUUCCACCAAGGAUGUGGGACGAGGUCGACAGAUGGAAAGAGAAAAGCGGGCUUGUGCGGCCCAAACCCGGCAAAUCCCCCGUCAAAUCCAACGGAAAACGCAAAAGACGCUCUGAUACCAAAGCCAGGGAUUGGGCCGCUGAUGCCGAAAGGCUGGAGGAAGGGGUUCCUGACCUGAGCAACGGAGACCCUUUAUUCAGACUAGGUCAGACUAUAUUAGCUUGGUGGAAGCAACGAUACCGUACCACCACACCAGGUUUGCGAAAAUGGGGAUACAUGGCGUUGGAACGCCUUGAUAGGCUGACAAAGGCAUAUGCCAGUGAAGAGAAACACUCGCCCAAAUUCGGUGAACGUUUAGAGAACAUUGACGACCUCCGACAGUGUGCUGCUCGCUGCCAAGGUAGCCGUGACGUUGGCGCAUAUCUCUUUACGGCACUCCUCAGGGCACUCGGGUUAGAAAGCCGUCUGGUUACGAACCUGCAGUGUCUUGGCUACUCAUGGACCAAAAUGGAAGAUGCCGCAGCCGAGCAGCCGGAUAGCGACUUGCGAGCCCGCGCAGCAGAUCUUACACCAAAGAAACAGGCCAAGACGAAACAGCGCAGCAGGGAAUUGCCCAAGCAGAACAAGCCUGUGAAGCCAGCCCGAAAACAGGGUGUCAACGACGCGCAAUUGGAGGUCGAGUAUACGGACUCAGAUGACGAGUCGGUGGUGGAUAUGCAGGUGACACCUGUCAAGUCGAAGAAACAGCCACAUUCACACAUUGACGCAGAUCUUCCAUAUGCGAACUAUUGGACUGAAGUAUUGUCUCCAGUAACGGGAAAUUUUCUGUCCAUCGAACCAAUAGUGAAAGGGAUAGUUGCUACCAAUCGCGAGCUCGUGGAGUCUCUUGAGCCUCGAGGCGCAAAAGCCGACAACGCGCGGCAGAUCAUAGCGUAUGUGGUUGCUUACUCUUCUGAUGGCACAGCGAAAGAUGUCACCGUACGGUAUUUGAAACAACGGGUAUUUCCAGGACGCACCAAAGGCGCACGAUAUCCCAUUGAGAAAAUACCCAUCUACAACAAGCAUGGAAAAAUCCAUAAACAUAAACAUCACGAUUGGUUCAAGUCAGCCAUGUCGGGGUACAGACGUGGCGACAAGAAACGGCCCAUCACUGAUAUCGAUGAAACGGAGGAGACUACGGAUUUGCAAGCAGCCAAACCCGAGAAGAAACCUGUCUUAGAAGGGGAAGAGACCCUACAAUACUACAAGCAGUCUAAAGAGUUUGCACUCGAGAGACAUUUGAAGCGAGAAGAGGCCCUACGGAUCGGCGCAAAAGCAGUCAAAAAGUUCCAAAACAAGGGCAAGGGAAACAUUGGGGAAGAGGAUGUAUAUCUCAGGUCUGACGUCUUGAACGUCAAGAGCGCAGAAACCUGGCACAAGCAGGGAAGAGCCCCUUUAGACGGAGAAGAGCCUCUGAAGCGAGUACCGUAUCGAGCGGCAACCACGAAUCGCAGACGUGAGCUUCUAGAGGUAGAAGCAGCCACUGGGCAAAAAGUCCUACAGGGUCUAUACAGUUAUGAUCAGACCGAUUGGAUCAUACCAGACCCCAUCAAGGACGGUGUUAUCCCCAAAAAUGAAUACGGGAACAUUGACCUAUUUGCCGAGCACAUGUGCCCGAGAGGUGCUGUUCACGUGCCCUUUAAAGGAACUGUGCGGGUAUGCAAGAAACUGGGGGUCGACUAUGCUGAAGCUGUUGUGGGUUUCGAAUUUGGAAACCGCAUGGCAGUACCAGUCAUCCAAGGCGUUGUCAUUGCCGAGGAAAACCACGACAUAGUAAUGGAGCAACUUCAACAGGAUGAAGCCGAGCGACUGCGCAAGGAGGACGAGAAACGGCGGAAGGCUGCCUUGGCGCAAUGGCGAAAGUUUAUCAUGGGAAUGCGGAUUGUGCAAAGAAUUCGCCUCGAAUACGGCGAGAUUGACGACAAAACCUCCGUCUUUGGGCAUGGUACCAAGACGGCCCCUGCUGGCGCACCGGACGCAUCGCACGCACCGAUAUCGAACGGGGAUGAGGAUAUGGCAGGCGGAUUCUUGCCAGAGGGAUACGAGGAGGAAGAUGGCGAAGAAGGCGACGGCGGCCAGCAGAGCACGUCACACUUUUUUCCUGUUGUUGACGAAAAUGAAGCAGCAGAGGAAGGUGAUCUCGUGUUGGAGCACAAUGGCUAA